AAGUGGAGAGGGCGCGACUGGGCGGCCGAGAAGGACCCGAAGACUCCGGACACGAUGAACUCGAUGACAGGCACAGUCGCGUGGAGGGCCGUGUGGGCCGCGCUGCUCUGGCCCUGCCUGCUCACCGCGGCCAUGCCGCUGGACUGCACCGAGGAGCAGGGCAGCCUCUACCGCUGCCCGUCCAUCUCCCAGGAGAAGCUCCUGGACCGCGUCAUCCAGCACGCCGAGCUCAUCUACCGCGUCUCCGAGGAGUCGUGUGCCAUGUUUGAGGAGAUGUUCGUGCCCUUCCCGCUGCGGCUCCAGAGGAACCAGGCCGGCUACUCGUGCAUCACCAAGGCGUUGCCCAUCCCCAGCUCCAAAAGUGAAAUCCAACACAUAUCUGAUAAAUGGCUGCUGCACUCGGUGCUGAUGCUGGUCCAGUCGUGGAUCGAGCCCCUGGUCUACCUGCAGACCACGCUCGAUCGCUACGAGAACGCGCCGGACAUGCUGCUCAACAAGACCAAGUGGGUGUCUGACAAACUCAUCAGCCUGGAGCAAGGGGUGGUGGUCCUUAUCAGGAAGAUGUUGGACGAGGGGAUGUUGACCACGACCUACAACGAGCACGGCCUGUUCCAGUACGACGCGCUGCCCGACAUGUUGGAAUCGGUCAUGCGGGACUACACCCUGAUCAGCUGCUUCAAGAAGGACGCCCACAAGAUGGAGGUCUUCCUCAAGCUCCUCAAGUGUCGGCAGUCCGACAACUACAACUGUGCAUAGAAGAUAAAUAUUUAAAAAAACACGCCGCGCAACUUUUAAAUAAUGCACUGUUUAUCUUUAAAUGAAUUCCCGAUGGUUUGGUUCGCCGUGCAUUUCUAGAUAUGACCAUGCCUCGGGCGAUUCAGCCCUGCUUUGCGAACGCGGUACAUUCUUUUAUUGAUUGUUUCGGAUCACCUUCACACAAAACUAAGUAGGUGUAAUGCUGUGUCCUCUCUUCAUCAUACUGAAUUUUUAUAUCCUCCAUCUCCGUUGUUUUUUUGUUUUUUUUAUCCUAGCAAGGGCGAACAGAGGGCAAACUCUCAACAGAUUUUUUUUUUUUUUUUUUGCGCGUCGAGCUGUCAGAAGAGAAAAAAAAUCUGCAUAUCCUGCCAUUGAUUUCCAUUCCCCCUUUGUUCCUGACCGGAGUUUGUAUUCCUCGCUGACUUGUGCGGGUGUUUGUGAUUGUUCCCCGUGGCCCCCUCGAGUAUUCAACGAGGCCGAGACGUUUUUUUUUUUUUAAACGGAGCCGGUUUUACUUCUGCAUUAGCGAAAUGAAACAACUUCCACCGGAGACGGGAGUCAAACAAGAGCGGCAGUCACCAUACUCGGGGAGAAAGGGAGGCGAGAGAGAGAGAGAGAGAGAGAGAGAGAUAAAAGACAAAUAACAGCUGAGAUUAAGGGGAUUAUUAUUUUAUUUCGUUGGUUAGAUCCAGGCGGAGAUGUGUCGAGGGCUCAUCAAAGAAUCGUGGAUAUUUUCUUUGCCUACAUGUGCCUCAUUCAGCGCUAAUAUAAUGGGAAAAAAACAUAUGAAUUAAGAAUAUACUUUAUUCACUAAAAAUAAAUAAUUCAGACCAAUUAAUAUAUGUUUGAUUGUCGGAUGUGAAUAUGUAAUGCAGAGUGCAAACAUACUUUUGUGUGUGUGUGUUUGCGUGCUUUUCAUGUGUAAAUAGAAGAAGCCUAUAAUGUGCUGGUGAUUUUAAGAAGCUUUUAAUAGAGCGAGCUGUGGAAAGAAAAGAUUAAAAAAAGAUAUAUUUGCGAAA